AUGACAUCGUUGCUAGUUGAUUUGGACUUGGGUUUAGGAGUUACGCCAGAGACAACUUUUUCUGUUGCUGGUAAACAAAUAAAGUUUGACACAGCUGAAGAUAUUGCCCCUUAUGUCAAGGAACUCAAUGAGUUUCACGAUGUUAGAAAGGUUGAUUUUUCAGGAAACACUAUUGGUAUUGAAGCCUCUAAGGCAUUAAGCGAGGCGCUUUUAGGCAAAGAUUCUAUUGUUGAAAUAGACUUUUCUGAUUUAUACACUGGUAGAUUAAACACCGAGAUUCCUCAGUCGCUUCAACAUCUAUUACCAAGCUUGUUGAAAUUGCCCAAUUUGAAAAUAAUCAAUUUGAGUGAUAAUGCAUUUGGAUUGCAAACAAUUGAUCCAAUAGACGAUUAUAUAGCCAAGGCCAUUUCAAUCGAACACUUGAUCUUGUCAAAUAACGGUAUGGGUCCAUUUGCCGGAUCCAGAAUCGGAGGCGCAUUAUUCAAGUUGGCUCUUGCUAAAGCCAAAGCUGGCAAACCUUCGUUAAAGACGUUUGUUUGUGGAAGAAAUAGAUUAGAAAAUGGCUCAAUCAAUUACUUAUCAGUGGGGUUGAGAAAUCAUAAGGACUUGGAAGUUGUGAGAUUGUACCAAAAUGGAAUUAGACCAGCAGGUAUUGCCAAAUUAGUGGAAAAGGGAUUAUCCUGGAAUAAAAAAUUGAAGAUUUUGGACUUGCAAGACAAUACCAUUACUACUAGAGGCGCCAUGAAAUUAGCCGAUUCCAUACAAAACUGGCCAGAGUUGAUUGAAUUGAACUUGAAUGACUCAUUGUUGAAGAACAAGGGGUCCUUAGAAAUCGUUCGAGCAAUAACUAAAGAAACAAAGGAAAAAUUGACAAUUUUGAAAUUACAAUAUAACGAAUUAGAGCAAGAUAGUCUACAAGUUUUAGCUGAAACUAUUGGCUUAAACUUGCCAAACCUAAAAUACUUGGAAUUAAAUGGUAAUAGAUUUGAAGAGGAAUCCGAACAUAUUGAUAAGAUUAGAGAAAUCUUUAAAGAGCGAGGAUUUGGAGAAUUGGACGAAUUGGAUGAACUAGAAGAACUUGAAAGUGAAGAAGAAGAAGAGGAGGAGGAGGAGGAGGAAGAGGAGGAAGGAAAAGGUGGCAUGGAAAAUGUGCAUGAUGAAGAAGAAGAAGACUCAUUAGAAGAAGACUUGGAUUUGGAACAACUUGAAAAAGAACUUGCUGGUAUUUCAAUGGAAAACAAAGAUGAAAAUGUUGACGAUAUUGCAGCUGAGUUAUCCAAGACUCACUUGAACUAA